AAACCAAGGGAAGUUUGACACAAGAAAACAGCAACACACAACUUGUGUGCCCUUUCUUUUGCAACAGUUAGGUUUCAGAUCAGAGAUAUGUUGACUUUAGGUGCUGUUAGACACAGACAACACAUUGAAGCUGCUGCUGACGUAAUGGAAACAGUAACUGUGGAGGUAUAGGAAGCCUAAUUUUGACUUCUUCGGUAUUUGCAUGCCGACCACAGAGCAACAACUGCUCAACACUGCAUUAGAGUAAAAGAUUUUCAGAUGGAGCUCACGAGAAUGGAUGUCAUCUUCAAGGAGGGGAUGUUGUACCUUCAGGCUGUCAAGUUUGGAAAAAGAACGUGGCGGAAAAUAUGGUCGGUGCUUUUUAAAGCCAGCUCCACAGGGGUUGGUCGGCUGGAGCUCCACGCUGUAGCUGACAGCAGCUCUGUCACUGACCAGAAGAAGGCUGGUCGGCAGAAAACAGCAGAGAGAAAAGUUGUGCGUCUGAGCGACUGCCUCAGUGUCACCGAUGCGCCGAAGGAGUCCUGCCCCGCUGGGUGCUCGGCCUUUUACCUCACGACCACACAGUGCACCUACACUUUAGCCUCCACCACCAGCCAGGACUGGCUGAGCGCCCUCUGUCUCCUGGCCUUCCAGAGGGAUCCUGGAGGACCAGACAAAGGGGAUUUCGAGGGAGGAAACGGUCUGACCAUGGAAGACAAUGACCUUUACUCAUCCUGGAAAAGAGAUCUGACUCUUCCUCCCAACCACUACAAAGUGACUGUCCAGAGCACAGAGGCGUCCAAGCGGUGCCGGUUAUCUGGGGAGUACCUGGUGUCUCCAGACAGAGAGGCUGUGAUUCUGCUGGACGUCAGCAGUGGUCAUAUCAUCUACCGCUGGCCGUACAGGCUCCUGCGCAAGUUUGGACAGGUUGAGGGAGGAUUCAGCAUUGAGGCGGGCCGCCGCUGUGACUCAGGACAAGGAGUGUUCACCUUCCUGACCCAGUACGGUCCACAGAUCUUCCAGUCUAUAUCCCAGCAGUGUGCCAUGGAGAAGCAGUCGUGGGUCCAACCUCUCAGUGUCCACAGAAGAUCACUUUCUGACGUGUCUCUUGCCUCCCAACCUCCGCCUCCUCCUCCGCCUCCUCCUCCUCCUCCUCUCCCUCUCUGCCAUCCUGCAGAUGUUUCUGCUGACACAGAGGACGAGCCUGACAGCCACUACUCCACCAUUAAUAACGCUCACGUAGAGAAUGUAAAACAGCUUGCAAAACCAAGCAGCAGGGAGGCUGUGGGAGAGGAGGACAAGGAAGAACGGUGUCGCUCCCUGGAUUCGCUAAACCUGGAUAACACCGUGGAGGAGAGCAUUUAUUACAACCUGAGGAGAGCCACGCCUCCUCUGGUUCGAAAAGCUGAAGGAUACGAUCCAGAGUGCAUCUACUCGGAUGUGAGAAAACCUCCUUCAAAUCUCCAGCCUCAGCCUCCCUCCUCUCCCAUAACUGCCUACUCCCUCGCCAAAUCCUCUCCCUAUGCCCCACCCAAGCCCCGCAGCCAGCAUCUCCCCCCUGUGAGUAACUACACCCAGACAGGCUGCGGUACACAGGAGGUGGAUGACAUGAAGGAGACGGAGGAGGCCAUCAGCUCCUCUGCCCACGUUGCCCCCACAGAGGCCCCCGGCAGUUUUAAACACAGGCUGGCAGAAAUCAUUUCUAAGGACCUGGCAAAGUUCCAGCCACCUCUUCCCUACGGAGCAACCAGCCCCACAUUUUCUCAGUAGGCUAUUAGUUAACAGACAGACUAGAAGGAGCAAUUUUAAUCAUGAUAAAUCGUCAUAAAGCUUAAUUAGUUCCUUUACUUCUAUAAAACCCCUUCCACUGGGAACACGCAGUUAGGCACUUUGGCUGGCAGAUGUUUGUAUGUUUUUCUAGUAGCUUGUUGUAUGAAAAAUGCAUCUGGAAUGAUUUUUUAUUUGUUUUUCCCCCGUGUGGAUUGUAAUUGCAAAAAAAAAAGAAGAUUUAUUUUGUUUUGUUUGUAUCAGAUGUGCUACAAUAUCUUAAAUGUGAUGCUGGCUGAUAAGCUGGACGAACAUGCAA